CCGUCCGCCGACAGUUUCACGUGUUACGUGUACAGACGGCCAGGGGUAUCGUGCGCGCGGACGUGGUAGAUUCGCGUCGCGGGUUCUCGACGAUGUGCAGGUAACAACGCCGCGCGCGCCGGUGCGACAUGCGAUGGUGAAGCGGACCGGGCCACCUGGGAGCGGCGUGCGUGCAGCUGCGAGGUCUCGUCUCGGCGCGAAGGAAGGUAGCGGACGGGCGCGCGAUCGCCGACAACCCGAUGCCAAUGGCCUACGAAGCGUUAUGGCACGAGUACAUGCAGAUGCCCGUGGUGACGCGGGCCUACACCACCGCUUGUGUCAUCACGACCCUAGCCGUGCAAUUGGACUUGGUGUCCCCGUUCCAACUGUACUUCAAUCCCAUUCUCAUUGUGGAGCAGUACCAGAUAUGGCGAUUAAUAACAACAUUCCUGUUCUUCGGGAACGUUGGCUUCAACCUGCUGUUCAACAUGAUCUUCACAUAUCGAUAUUGCCGCAUGUUGGAGGAAGGUUCCUUCCGCAGGAGAACAGCUGAUUUCGUCAUGAUGUUUAUCUUCGGCGGAAUAUGCAUGAUCACGUUUGCAUUCUUCGUCAAUUUACUGUUCCUGGGGCACGCAUUCACGAUAAUGUUAGUGUACGUGUGGUCACGACGAAAUCCUUUCGUCAGGAUGAACUUCUUCGGACUUUUGAACUUCCAAGCUCCGUAUUUGCCGUGGGUGCUGUUAGGCUUCUCUGUACUGCUUGGCAAUACGAUAUGGGUCGAUCUUGUAGGAAUGGCGGUAGGACAUACUUACUAUUUUGCGGAGGACGUAUUCCCCCGAUUAAGAGGCGGUUUCCGAAUUCUGAAAACUCCGCAAAUACUUAAGACUCUGUUUGACGCACAUCCUGAGGAUCCAGAUUAUAUGCCACCACCGGAAGACCGGCCGGGUGGCUUCAAUUGGGGACAGGAAGCCAACGUGCAAUGAUAGAAAAAUUCAGCAUUCUCUUCCCAAUGCUGUUUCUUAUGUCAAAUUGCUCGAUGACGUUGUGGAAACGCGCGUCUCUAUCAUUGUUCCUUUGGGAUAAUCGACGAUCUAGUGCCCGGAUUUGUAUGCAAAGAUGUAUAAUGAGACACACGUAAAGGAUAAUAUACAGGGUGUAUAAGAGAUCGGGCGAUUUCGUUUAUUAAAGGACUUCUGAAAAGCCUGGAACUGAUAUUUUUUUAGAAGAUUCGACUGGAUAUCUGAUUAAAGAUUUCAUCAAAAGAUCGCGAUUGAUGAAUAGCCUAUAAUAAUAAUCAAAUUGUCAAGUGAAAGUCAACUUUGUAGACAAGAGAAAGCGCACGAGUAUUUAUACACUCUGCACAUAAAUGAGAAAAAGCUGCGUGAUAAGCGCUUAACAUCAGUAAGCCUGAUAUCGAUUUCCUUAAAUUCCAUUUGCGCACUCAUACGUGUUUUUCGAUGCUCGUUUCUGCGUACAGAAUCCGGUUUCUAUCGAUAACAUUAACCUUUUGGAAGCCAAGCGUUGCGCACUGUCAGAAAAUAUGAUAGAUUAAAUUGCUUUAUUCAAAAGCGCCGCGAACGUAUACUUUGUUUUUUUUUUAUCAUAGGUUCUCCAACAAGUUUGGAAUAAGUUUAACGUUGUAAAAAGUAAUAGUAAUUUAAGUUGUUAUUAGGUACUAUUAGUCGAAGUUUAUAUUUAUACACGAUCCUGCUGUCGUAUAUAAUAGAUUAUUUCAUCCUAAACAUUGUAGCGAAAAUUUUAGUAAUAAGUAUUGAAAUUUUCGCAGAUUUAUAUCUGCGGAAUUCAGAAUCCGAUAGAAAUAGCAUUUUUAUGCACGCGAGUGCAACUGGAUUGGCAUUCCGAGGGUUAAAUUCCCGUCGCGAAUAGGAACUUCCGGUUCAAUAUGGGGUAAUUUUUCACUCGCGAGUUAAUUAAAUUUAUUCGGGAAUGAGUCACUUUUGUAAGAUAUUUGCGAUCGGUGGUAAUUUUGUGAUACACUAAUCGUGCUCAUAGUUCUUGCAAGUGUCGAUGGCAGAGAAAGAGAGCGAAAGAGAGAGAAAAAAAUGCCAUUGUGCGAGGGAGACUAUUUUAAAGUGUACUAAAGCAUUUAUUUAUUAUCGUAGCGAAAUGUAAUUUAGACAACUACAUCUACAAAGUACAAAUCGCGCCGCGCGCGCGUUAUAAAUAUAAACUAAAGAAAUAAUAUAUAUACACACACUUUCCACACUUUGUUCAUAUGUGUAUAUUAUGUACUAUAUGAAUAUAACGGUGACACGUGCAUUAAUCAAUUAAUAACCGCUUUUUCUUUUGGUUGCUUUUCUAUCGCCAGGACGGUAGAACAGUAAUGGUUUUUUUUUGUUAUAAAAUUAAUAUAUUAGUCAAUACUGUAAAUUUGGAGUUUUAUUUAUAAAAUUCGUUAAUAAUUAAGGUUUUUAAAGGCAAAAAUUAAGUUUUAGCGUAACUUUAGAUCUUAAUUUUUUCUUCUGUUUGGUAAAGAUAGACAUUACUUUGUCAAGUACGAUUGAUAACCAGCUUGGAUGUAACUUUUUCUGUGAUUCUUGUAAGCGCUAUAUGCAAUGAUAUUUUAAGCUAAACAGGAUGUAAAUUUUUUAACAUAGGUGGUCAUCUCACGAAUGUUAAUGUAAAUUUAUUUUAGUGUCUUGAUUUAGGCGAGAAAUAAGAAAUUUGAACUCCCACGCAAUUGCGAGGAAUAAUUAUCGAUGUUUUGAUCGCGAUUUAAGAUCCUCGGGUCUUGAGUCCUUAAAAUUUUUUAUUCCUUUUGAAUACUAGAUUUGUAUCUUUAGUAUUCUAAUUUUUUACAUUUGCACAUACUUAUCUUCUCUUAUAUCUUUGGCUUCCAGGAUCGUAGGACGCUUUUCCUUCGCACGAUGUAUUCCUUGCAUAUUUAGCUCGAUCAAUACUUUAAUAUAUUUGUAAUUCUAAUGUGGGUGUUAUGUUUCUGGAUUUUUAAGUCGUUAAUCUUGAUAUUCCUGGUCGUUGCUUAAACAUUGUCAACAUUGUCAUUCUGGUACAGUUAUCGACGAUUAUGUUCUUGAUCGGUUCCUGUUAGGAGGCGUUUGUAUUAACUCUUUCAGUAUCUCAUUAAAUGUACAAAGACCAUACUUUCUCGUUAAUCUCGAUUCGUUUUGGUCUUGAAAUAUUUUUUUACUCUUAGAUGUAAAUGCUUGCAGCUAAAGAAAGUGACAAAUUCAGCAAAAGUGGACGUGCGACACACGGCACGUAGAUGCUGAAAGGGUGAAUCAACAAGCACAUCCGCAAUCGCCAAAGAGUACGUUAGUAAUUAUCAAAGCUGUAAAGAAAUGAAUAAUAAUGAAUAGGAUAAGAAGUGAUUUUACAAAACCAUUUAUUUCGAUUUAAAUAAUAAAUGAUUAGCGUAAUAGGAUUAAUAUGAUGUGUAUAACUAAAUACAUAUACGCAAUGACAUGGACUAUAAUACAAUGAUCAUCAG